CUUCAGAUGAAUAAAUACACAACUUAUUUCCUUCUGAUAAUUUCUUCAACUCCUAUCUAAGUUUUGGUCCUCUCUCUCUUGGCCAAAGUCAUGAAGAGUACCCUCGUGACAACACCAACCCUGCACCCUCCACCAAUGGACUUAAACUCAGUCGUCGUCGACACUUCGCUCGACCUCAGUAUCAACUCUUUCCGGCAUCAUGAGAACCACUGUAAGGGAGAGAUUGACUUCGGAGAUAAUUAUGAUCGUGAUGAGGGCAGAACAGAAAGGCCUUCAGCAGCUAAACAGGAGGGUACUACCGUGCCGUUGGAAGAGUUGAAUCGGAUAAAAUCGGAAAACAAGAAACUCACGGAAAUGCUAUUUACCAUGUACGGCGACCUGAGAAGCCAGAUGAUGGAUAUGAAGAGUUCAGGGAACGGAUCAACGACAAGGAAGAGAAAGUACGAAGACUACGAAUGGCAUAAUGUGAUCAGAAUCUGCGAAAGCUCCGCAAACAGUGACGAGGAGGUCUACCGGAGGGCGCAAGAGAGCACCAGGACAAAGGUUUCCAGGGUCUACGUCCGAAUCGACCCGUCUGAUAUGAGCCUCAAUGUGAAGGAUGGGUAUCAUUGGAGAAAAUAUGGGCAAAAGGUCACAAGGGACAAUCCAUCCCCGAGAGCUUACUUCAAGUGCUCCUUCGCCCCAAAUUGCCCGGUCAAAAAGAAGGUGCAAAGAAGUGUUGAUGACCCGUCUGUCUUGGUGGCGACAUACGAAGGAGAGCACAAUCACCAUUGCCCCACCCAACCGAAGAUAGUGUCCCCAGGCUGCUCCAGUACUUCCCAAGGAUAUCCGAAACCGGUUUUUGUUCUCCCCAACUCUCCAUCGACGCCCGUCAUGAGAUCUCCUACCCCCAAUGUGGUUCUGGAUCUGGUCCAACAGCCGGGGUUGCCUAAUCCGGCAGCCAAACAGCAUGUUCGAGAGUCUGAUAAUGAAGAAACGUUCUCAACUGAAGAUAAUAAUCUCCCACAGCUUUGGGUCCAACAAAUGGCUUCAUCUUUGACCAGAGAUCCCAACUUCACUGCAGCUCUUGCUGCGGCCGUUUCAGGGAGAAUAUUUGAGACUUGGUGAAAAAAGAAUUAGAAAAUUACGGCGGCACGCCCUUACUUUACUAAAAUUACGUACGAACCCAUGGCAUUAGGACAAAUUGCGAUUUUCAGACGGCGUUGAUGCAAUCGAACUUCCUGAGACAUCAUUUAUGUACAAAUUUAGCAUGAUCUGACGAGCCAAUUGGAAAAAUUGAGCUAGUAUGCACGUUCGAGUGAACUGGGGAUCUGAUCAAAAAUAAGCCACCCCAGCAGUACAAAAUUUUCAGUAGCAUGCUUUUUCAGUGACGUGCUUCAUUUGAAAUGCAUCCAAUAAUAUAGGAACGCAAACGAACUAGCCUAGCCCUCGGGAUUGGGAUGGGAGAAAUUGCGAUUGUUCUUCAAAGUCAUGAGGUGCAGAUGUCAUUUUGAUAAAGUAUGAGGAGCUACCAACACGUGGAAAUUUUUUUUCAGAAAUUUUAGAGGAUUGCGCGUGGCCUGCUUGAUUUCAUUUGGCGAGUGGAGAGUCGGUCGAAGGGUGUUUGUCAUAUAUAUAUAAUAUUAUGUAAAUUGAAAGUGGUAAUAAUGAUGAAAUUGAUAUGCGAUGAUUUUAAGUGUA